AUGAAGACCUUCAUACUAGUGGGUGCUCUCGUGAUGACGAUGCUCCUAGUCGCAUCCGUUUUCGCUUCCAGCAACCGUCAUGCCCUUCGUGGUGCCAAGAAACGCCAACAAGGAGUCUCCUCGACUGGCAUCCUCCAAGUACAAGUCAUUUCUCGUCAUGGCGAUAGAUUACCAACCUCCUCUGCUCAAAUUCCAAAAGACCCAGUCAAUUGGCCACUCGUUUCUGGCUUCUCUUUGGGUGAUUUGACAGGCUUAGGACAAAAGGAAUGUUAUAAACUCGGUAAGAAGCUUCGAGCAAGAUAUUUGAGAGAUAGAAGUCCAAGCCAAAUUCAAGGCAUCACCGAACACUACAAUGCUACUCAUUACUUGUUCCGUAGCACUAAUUUCGAUCGUGCUUUGAAUAGUAUGGUCUCUAUUGCACAAGGAUUGUUCCCACCUGGUACUGGUAACCGAGCCAUUAAAAAGUACAGAAAUCCAGAGCAAGAUUUGCACCGUGGUCAAUUUUCUCUUCCUCAUGGUGUUCAAUCCGUUCCAAUUCAUACCGUUGCAGAUAAUAUGGAAAAUUUGUUGUUGGGCUUCACUUAUUGCAAUACUGUUCAAAAGAGAACUCAAACUGCCUUCAUCACUCGUGUAUUCCCAUACAUUGCUGCUCGUAGAACCUUCUUUGAUCGAUUGUACAAUGAAACUGGUUGGACUGGAGGAGAUGCCACCAUUUCUACUUUGAUUGACCUCUUGCAAGUUCAAAAGUAUCAUGACAUGAUCCAUAUUGAUUGGGUGAAUGAGAAUUGGCACUUGCUUGAACAAUACCGUGAUGAAAUUUUGUUAAUCUUGUACGGUUAUGAUGUCAUUGGAAAGGAAGGUUCCUCUAUUUUGAUUACCACCUUGUUGGAUAACAUUGCUCAAUUUAAGAAGAAGUACAUUCAUUACUCGGCUCACGAUUCUACCUUACAAGCCUUAGCUGCUGCUUUGAGAUUGAAUGAUGCCGACUCUGGUUUCUCAAUGGGACUUCCAAAGUAUGGUGCUCACUUUGUGUUGGAAUUGCACCAAAUGAAUGAUGGAAAUAGAACCGUUCGUUUGUUGUAUGGUGAGAAGUAUGACUCGGAACAUUUGACUCCAUUAGUUUUGGCUAAAUUGGGCUGUGAGAGUGAAUUCUGUCCUUUGGCCACCUUUAAGGCUGGUGCUGAAUUGCACGGUACUACUGGAUCGACUCCUUGGUGUGAGGCUUGUGCCAAUAAGAGCCAAGAUGUAUGCGCUCCAUAUUUUUUGAAGAAUGUUCCACCAUGUCCAACACCUGCUGCUUAA